CCAAGACGAAAAUGGCAAUGCGAGCAACCCAAUUUAAAAAAAAUAGAUCUGGUUCUGCUCAGAAGCAAGGAAGUUGCGAGAAACAUGUGGAGCCUUGCACUUGCAACUGAGGCCCACGAAAGCGCUGAUAGGAAAGUAAGAAAGAUUGAGCUGAUGACUGCCAAGGACGGUGUAAAACACAGUUACACUAGACCAGUUAACAAG